CUUGUGCAUGAGCAUGUGUGUUUAUGUGCAUGUAAAGAUAUCCAGUGGAAUAUAUUAUGUGUCCAGUGUUUGCAUGCACAUACUGUGGGGUUUGUGUGUGCACACUUUAAGUUGCCAUAGAGGCCAGAAGUAUGGUGGCCCAGAAGUCUAGAGCAGAAUGCAAAAGCCACAACACCAUGGGAGCGUGUGACAACGGAAUUUAGAGACAGCAGAGGGUUGACAUCGGUUGCCAUGGUGAUGUUCACACUGUGGAGAUGGUGACUGUUAAUGUUCUGUCGAGCAACAGGCUAUGGAAGUGUUGAGUGAUUUCCCAAUUAAAUUUUAUUUUAAUGAUCUGUUCUAUUGAUUAACCAAUAAUUCCAACAUUGCUUCAUUAAUAAAUACACCACUGCAUGAUUACUGCGUAGCACUUGGCUUUCUCGUUUGAUUCUUUUUCAUUAUAUCCUUUCCUCAAGGACUUACAAAUGAUGGAUUUGUGGCCACGGCACACUUCGAUGUCACAGUGUUUGACUACACUUGAGUUUAUGUCUUUGACUGAGGGAUUUCUGCCUUUAGCUGGCGUUUGGAAUUUGGCGAUAUUUGUACCCAGAAAUUUCAUUGGACCUCAAAAUGCAGUUAGGUGCAUGGGCAUUGACCUCGUCAUAGUUGAAUUACCACUGAGUCACUGACCGACAUCUGUGUCAGCGAGCAUGUAAAUCAUGGUGAUGGUGAGAAGAGUUUUUGGUUAAUGCUCAUGAUAGUGAGCAAAUGCUGGAGGUUCUUAAUGGGCUGCUAGAUGAUUUAAUGAUGGAUCUUUGUUUUACAGCUCUGAGGUCAGCAUGAUCUCUCAUUGCUAUGACUUUAAUCUGAAUGUGUUUUAGGACCAGUGAGUAUUUUCAUUCUUCAAGAUUAAAACUAAACAAAACCAGAUGGUUGGGUUUGGGUCUAUGAAUACACACAAGAAGAGAGGUUAGAAAACAAAUUGAGUGAGAACAAAAAAACGUAAUUUGCUUCCCUGGUUUAGUUCCCUCUCCUCUCAUGUUCUAUAAGGCCUUAUGGCAAAACUCUGUUUAGCUCAGGUUGAGUAAGUCACUGACUUCAGUUGUCAAUGUUUUUUUGCUCUUUAUUCUCCAGAUUUCAGGCUCUUGCUAUACAGUUAAGGUAGUUGCUCUCAGAGGAGAGUUCUCUUCUGAUCCCUGCUGAACUUUGCCAUGCUUUUAUUAUCCAUUAUGGGACUCUGGCACUGAGUCUGCAGUCGACUAAUUGUUGUGUGUGUGUGUGUGUGUGUGUGUGUGUGUGUGUGUGUGUGUGCAUGUUUAUCCGUCCAGACCUUUUACCUGUUUCUUUCUACACUAAUUGAAAAGAGCAAUACUGUUAAAGUAACAGGAAACAGACCUGUGACAAAUAACCCCUCAGAGUAACUGAUAGAGAUAUUUACUCUAAUAUGUGAUGAGGAUUAUUAUUAUUUCUUCCAUUUGUUUAUUUUUUUUGGUGUGUAUGGAAUAUCUCAAAUGUGCCGGUCGGAAAUAUAUUGUGAAUUUGUGAUAAACAGUUCAUGCUGAGAUAUGCUUGCUUACUGUUUUUGAAAUAAUGAUUAUAAAUGUCACAGGCAUAAAGCACAAAUACAGGAAGGCUGUACUGGUUUAUAUUGACAGCUGUGUUUUGUAUUUUGUCGUUUGUUUUGUAAUGAUUGAUUGAAAGAAUAUAUUAAUUUGACCACAAGUGGUUUGCUUAACAACCAGUUGUGGCCCAAGGUAAUGUUUAUCCAUCAUAGUGUCAACCUCGAGGCUGUCCUGAUGUUUCUCACGUAAAUGGCACUUAAAGUUACACAGAGCGAUGUAAACAAUUUUUUUUUUUUGGUAUGCAAAGCUAAACUAUCAAUUUGCCUUCUACUUAAAAACUUGAAAGGUGUGAUGUUAUAGAUGUCAUGGUAACUUCUCAUAUUAUCAUCACCAGUUCCUUUCUAUAUAAAUAUUGUACAUAUUGUUAGUGAUGAUAAUACAUUUGCCUUAUUUGUCAUGUAAUGAGAAACACAAUGCAUCUGUCCUCAGAUUAAUCUUUUAUUGUGUACAUGCACAAACAAGCGAGAAUUCGUGAUGAGCGCAGGGUUAUUUAUACAAUAUGUGCACAAUAUGGAUGAAAAUAUGUGGCUACACCCCCCUGUUCUGUAUUGUUGCAUUCAUGGUGGUCUGUGCAUGUCAUCUUUAAAUGUAAAUAAUGAUCCAGCUUUACAUGUUCAACCUAUUUUCUUUACAGGCGCGCUCAACAAAACAUGAAUACAAUUAGGGAUUACAUUGAUCAAACUCCUAGAGCUUUUCAUUUAGUAAAUCAUUUUUCCACUCCUUUUUUCAUGCAUCCCUCAUUAUGCGCUUUAACUAUUUUCAUGUUGUUGUUGUUGGUGGUAAAGGAGGCCUGUUGUGGUUGAUACGCAGUUGAAUGCUCAAGCAAGUUAGUGCAUGUGAAUGUGUCAUUCUGGCAUGAAUAAACAUUGUGAAUGCCAGGAAUACAGUGUCAUUUGAGAGAGUUGUAAACUCAUGUGUUUACUGCUUUGUUCAUCCCUCUCCUUGCAGAGAUCAGGUUACCACCACUGCCCUUUUCAAAGAGGCCACAAACGCCGCCCCACGCAGCAGAUCGAAGGCUCCACCCAGCCUUCCAUCAGAGAUUAACUCUUGAUCACACAGGGGGAAGUCGUAUACAUUUUUUCAGUGAAACAAUCCUUGUCUUACAGAGAAUGUCUUGGCCAGGCACAACAGAUAAAAAAAGCUAGCCUAUGCAGCUAAGUCUUUUUGUUGCUGCUGAGUGAUUCAGAUGUACAGCAGUGUAACACAAAUGAUUUAAAAUAAAUGAUCAUCCUAGUUCAUUUUCAUUCACUCAGGAAUAGUUCAUGUCUGUCCCACCACAGUUGACGCUCCAAUAUGUCAUCAGUCAAUCAAAACACCUGAGCCGCACCUGAGCCAAUCACCUUUCUCCACCUUGGAUCUAUGAGCCAAUCACCUUUCUCAACCUUGCAUCUGCCUCAUUUCCUGUGGAAAGAGGAAACACUAUACAAAUCAUUCACAUUUUGCCUCGCCAGCCACAGGAACUGAAGGAUCUCACCUAGCAGUUGAAGCCCUCUCAACUAACUUUGGGGAUUGCAUUUGGAAACCUCUGAUGCAUCUGGAUGUUGGUGAAUGGAACCUGAUUGGACAUUGUAGAAGCACUGCUAAUGUAGCAAUGCUAACAAAGGCAGACCUCAGUGAAUUACUCGGUCUGAAGGACUACAUGGGGGUCAUGUACUUCAUUACUCUGGCUGAGAGAGUCGUACCUUUGUCUGAUGAGCACGUCAAGGUGACAGAGGAAACGUUCGACGGAGUGGAGGUGGUGCUCUACCAGCCAAAGCAGCCGGGUGGUGAAACUGAGCUCAGGAGAGCUGUCAUAUACCUGCACGGCGGAGGAUGGUGCCUUGGCAGCUCCCGGAUGAGUCCAUAUGAUCUCCUGGCCAGAAAAACAGUCACUGAGCUCGAUGCAGUUGUUCUUUCCGUGGAGUACCGCCUCGCCCCUGCUCACCACUUCCCUGUCCCGUAUGAGGAUGUAUACCGAGUGGUCAAACAUUUCCUCCAGAAGGGGGUGCUGGUCCAGUACUCUGUGGACCCAGGACGUAUUGCUGUGUCUGGGGAUAGUGCUGGGGGAAACCUGGCAGCUGCAGUCUCUCAACAGUUACAAAAAGAGCCUGGACAGCAGAUUCAGUUGAAGGCCCAAGCACUCAUCUACCCAGUGCUGCAGGCUCUGGACCUGAACACUCCUUCAUAUCAGCAGAAUCAGGACAUGCCCAUCCUGCCCCGCACCCUCAUGGUGCGUUUCUGGAGUGAGUACUUCACCAGCGACAAGGCCCUUUUCAGAGCCAUGAUGGCUAACACCCACAACAACCCGGAGUCUUCCAGCCUGCUGAAGUUUGUCAACUGGAGCGCGUUUCUGCCAGAAACAUAUCGUAGAGAAUACAACUACAGUGCUCCUGCGGUGGUGAAGGGAGUUGGAGGGGCGGCAGUUGAGAUGGAUGGACCAUCUCGAUCUUUAGCUGACCCGAGGGCGUCACCCCUGCUGGUUCCAGACACAGCCUUACGCUCUCUGCCCAAGGCCUACAUCAUAACAUGUGAGUAUGAUGUUCUCCGAGAUGAUGGCAUCAUGUAUGCCACACGGCUCCGUGCUGCUGGUGUCGAGGUGUCACAUGAACACUACGACACAGGAUUUCACGGAGCGCUGAUGUUCACCGUGUGGCCAACUGACUUCCUGAUUGCUCGUCGUAUGACAGACAACUACAUGAAAUGGCUCGAGGAAAACUUGUAAAAACUCUUGACUGUCAUAAUCCAUUCCAGUUUUUUUCGCCACGGUGCACCAAUGUUUUGUUAGGUACAAAUUUCCCCCAUCUGGUGUUUAACUUUAUGUUGUUACUUUCUUUCUCCAGGGUCAUGCUCAUUUAUUUUCCCACUUUCCCAUGCAUUUCCCCACAUUAGAUAUCAGGUCGAGAAACAGGACUUUGAAAGAAUAUUUCAGAUUUGUUCACAUAUGGUAGCUUGAGUGGAACACAUUGCAUCAUCACUCUUGCCACCCUGUAAUAUCCCAAAAGUUAAUGUAUAGUAUUGAAUUUUAUUUAUUUUUUUAGCUUGCUUUCUGGCCAUGCGUGGUGCUGUUCAUUCUUGUUUGCUCUUGCAGGACCCGCUAUCUGUGCACUGCAUCAAUACCAAUCAUAUUUGUUAGUAAUUCAUACCACUGGAGGUUUUAAGAAUCAGGAUCAAUCUUGGCAAAAGCUUAACAGGGUUUUCACAACAACAAAAGAAAUUCAGUUUGGCUGAAAUAAUCAGUUAACACUGAGCACAGCUGGAAACUGAGACCUGAGAGUGUUAUGAUGUAUUUGCAAAGCCAUGUAAAGGUUUCUGGCAUUCCGUCAAACAUUGACAAGUGGUGUUCUCUUAAAUACAGCAACACUUUUCCUAAGAGUACUUUUAGCAACUACACAAACGUUGCACAGAGCUCAUAUGUGCUGGUAUACUGACACAUUUUAUUUGCAGAGUGAAUGGCAUCUUAAUUAGCAAAACAUGUUCUUUCAUCUAGUCUCAUUUCCAAAAUAAAAAAAAGUUUUUUGCCUGUUUCCAUUAUAAAAGCUGCACAUCAGGGCUGCACACAAAGAACUUGGAUUAGCCACAUUCCACACAAAGUAUUGGUGGUUAUAUAAGUUAAUUAUUAGUAAGGGAUGAUGCUGUAACAACCUCAGAACAUGCUUCACAUCAUGCAUACACACAUUUUUGUGAUUGAGCUAAGCUCAGUGAUGCAUGGCCCACAGAAGGAUAAUGUCUAGGAAUAACUCCCUAUAAUACCCCCCCCCCCCCCCCCCCCAUUUAAAAAGAAGAAUAAAUCUAAUUUGAACCAUGAAUAUGACCUUCAACAUACUAAUAAUAAAUAUGCUAGAAACGACUUUGGUUCCUGUUAGAGGAAGUUGCCAGACAGGUCGGUCAAGUUUAUAAAUGGCUGGCAUAAAGAUGCAUGUCUCCGAUCUAUGUAAGUGUGACUGCAGUUUUUUUUUGUCAUCGGACAAUUUUUUUGUCCCUGAUGUCCACAUAUGUCUUAACACCAUGCACUUGUCUCCCCGUUUUUAUCUUUAUGCCUGUGGGUGACAUCAUCCUGUGACUUCUCUGCUCAUGAACUGGCUAUCUAAAAGAUAACAAGAGAUAAAGGUUAAAAUAAGCUGGCAACAGCUGGCAGUAUCAGCUUUUAGGCAUGUCUUUGUUUCUUUUUUUUUACACUAUCUCAUUUAGAAAAAAAUAAUAAACAACCACAUGAUAUAUGUAACAUUUCAAACAAGUCAGAGCUUUACAGAGAAACUUGGCUCUUGCUUAAGCACUGCUACAUUUUCAAUUGUAAAUACGACUCUGUCUUUUAUUGUUUUGGAUUCCCCACUUGUAGAGUGUAUGAUUAGAAUUUUUAAAUGUUAAUGUUAUCUGACAAUAAAUUAACUUGACCUUUCACCACUGAUUAAUUCUACUUUGUGCGCAUCCUCAACUUCUGUGUAAAAAAGAGAAACAACCUGGAAUUAAAAGAGAAGAAGCACAGAAGUCUUUUGUCCAUUAGACACAGUGAAAGGGAAGUAAGAAUGACGGGCUGAGAAACAUAUACUCUAUAGACUGACUCGGACAAACCAAAUCCUCUUGGCGCUACAUUGGCGAAGCAUCCCCUGUUGGAUCUGUGAGUCGUUCGUAUAGCUGAGGUAAAGUUAAUCUGCAAACGUUCUGCAGACAUGUCCACAAAUCCACCAAUAUGCACACCUACACACCUUCUAACCAAGAGGUUGGGGGAAAAAAACAAACAUGCUGCUGGUUUUCUCUAGAUAGUAGAGAGGAUGAUGCAUGAGUGUGAACCAACCACUUACACAUAAGUACGAUUGAAAUUGAUCAACAUUGUUCAUUAGGACAGAAACCAAACAACUCCUGGGUGUAGAGCGGAUUAUUCAUGCACUACACUGUGGUGGUCAUAUUCUGUUGUGUACUGGCCUCGUCUGCAGGUGUGCAUGCAUGUACUUUAUGCAUUUAUUUUUCCCUAAGUAUGUUAAAAGGAAUGGCUGUUCUGAAAUCCCCUCAAAGCUAUGGAGUGCUAAUAAAAGUAACGUGAAAUGGA